UCCGAAAAGUUGUGGAUAUGUUUUGCAUAAUAAGUGUCGUUGAAACCAACAUGAUUGUUGUUAGUAUUGAGAGAGCUAAUUUUAACUUCGCUCGUUAGUUAAACGUCCAUUUAUUAGCCAGGCGUGAAGCAAAUUAACCUAAACUGAGCUCGUUUUUUGCUAAGCUUGCUAGCUGCUGCGUGUUGUGCUGUUUUCAUAUAUCACCCCAUCCCAUGUUCAUUGCGUGAAGGUUUGAAAACAAGGCAACAUGGCAAACCUAGAGCAAUGGGUGAGCGACAGUCUGCACGACAUCCUCGGCCUGAGUGACAGAUAUGUUGCCCAGUUCAUGAUCGGCUCCGCACGUAAAUCCUCGAGCUCUCAAGACUUUGUGGCCCACCUCAAGUCGACGGGCACCAUCGACAUUAAUCAGAGAGUGAUCGCCUUUGCACAGGAACUGUAUGAAAAGAUUCCUCGUAAACAAGUGGUUGAAAAGCCAGCCAGAGCGAUAGAGCGACAUGUCAUGGAGAUUGAGAGGAAGAAUCGAACUUACACCCUACUGUCGGACAGUGAGAGCGACGGAGAGGCAGUGAGAGAGAGGGAGAAAGAGAAGAAGAAAAUUAAAGACCGAGGCGAUAAGAGAAAGCACCUCAGGAAAAGAGAGGCGAGUCAAUCAUCUAGUGAAGAGGAGACCCCUAAAAGUGGUAAACUGGGCCAUGGCGACCAGAAGGAUGAAGAGGAGGAGGAGGAGUGGGAGAAGGAAGAGAGAGAACGCGUACUGGAUCUGGAGGAGAGGGAUGCCUUUGCCGAACGAAUGAAACUGAAGGACAAAGACAAGACGAGGAACAUCAUGGAGAGAACAGACAAGAAGGGCUACGAGGAGGCUCAGAAAAGACUAAAGAUGGCAGAGGAGGAUCACAAGAAAAUCCUGCCAGAGUUGAGGAAGGAGUCUCGCAGGAACUACUUGUCCAAGAGAGAGGCUGAGAAGCUGGAGGACCUGGAGGCAGAGAUAGCCGACGAGGAGUACCUGUUCUCCACGGACGCGCUGACGGAGAGGGAGCGGAAGGAGCUGGAGUACAAGCGCAACCUCAGAGACCUGGCCAAGGACUACAAGAAAGCUGGCGCCAAGGAGAAGGAGGAGAGGAAGAACAGAUACUACAUGCCAGAGGAGAAGAGGAGUAAAGAUAUUCCUCAGAGGGACAUGGAGCUGGACUUGGAGAUGCCGAUGGAGGGUGGAGGAGAGCAGGGCCGCUGGGAGGAGGAGAGGUUGAAGACCGCCUCGCUCAGCUUCGGGGCCAAGAAGGAGAGGGAGAAAGGGUUGAAGGCAGAAAGGGAGAAGUACCAGCUGAUCCUGGAGGAGGAUGAGAUGAUCAACUUUGUCAGCAGUGCCGUCAUCAUGAAGGGAACCCAGGAUGAGAAGGAGCAAGCAGCCCUGUCCCAGGCUGAGGUCCAGAAGCAGUCCAUCCAGGAGGUGAGACGCAGCCUGCCCGUGUUCCCCUACAGAGAAGACCUGCUCCUGGCCAUCCAGCAGCACCAGAUCCUGGUCGUCGAGGGAGAGACGGGCUCUGGCAAGACCACCCAGAUCCCCCAGUACCUCAUGGAGUCGGGCUACAAUGAUGGAGGCAUGAAGAUUGGCUGUACCCAGCCCCGCAGAGUGGCAGCCAUGUCCGUAGCAUCCAGGGUGGCACAAGAAGUGGGCGUCAAGCUGGGUAAUGAGGUAGGCUACAGUAUCCGUUUUGAGGACUGUACGUCAGAGAGGACGGUCCUCAAAUACAUGACUGACGGAAUGCUGCUCAGAGAGUUCCUCACAGAGCCUGAUCUGGCCAGCUACAGUGUGGUCAUCAUUGAUGAGGCCCACGAGCGGACACUGCACACGGACAUCCUGUUUGGCCUGAUCAAGGACAUUGCCCGGUUCCGUCCGGACCUGAAGGUGCUGGUGGCCAGCGCCACCCUGGACACAGAGCGCUUCUCCUGCUUCUUCGACGACGCGCCGGUCUUCAGAAUCCCUGGCAGGAGGUUCCCUGUGGACAUCUUCUACACGAAGGCUCCUGAGGCAGACUACCUGGAGGCCUGUGUUGUGUCGGUGCUACAGAUCCACGUCACACAGCCCCCCGGAGACUGUCUGGUCUUCCUCACUGGACAGGAGGAGAUUGAGACUUGCUGUGAGCUGCUGCAGGAGAGAUGCAGGCGUCUGGGUUCUAAGAUCUCUGAGCUCCUGGUGCUUCCCAUCUACGCCAACCUACCCUCAGACAUGCAGGCCAAGAUCUUCAGCCCCACACCCCCUGGCUCACGCAAGGUGGUGGUGGCCACUAACAUUGCAGAGACCUCUCUAACCAUCGAUGGGAUCAUAUAUGUCAUAGAUCCAGGCUUCUGCAAGCAGAAGAGCUAUAACGCCCGCACUGGGAUGGAAUCUCUGAUUGUCACUCCUUGCUCACGGGCCUCAGCCAAUCAGCGAGCAGGUCGUGCAGGCAGAGUGGCUGCUGGGAAGUGUUUCCGUCUCUACACUGCGUGGGCGUUCAAACACGAGAUGGAGGAGUCCACCGUGCCUGAGAUCCAGAGAACCAACCUGGGCAAUGUAGUGCUACUGCUCAAGAGCUUGGGAAUUAAUGACCUCAUCCACUUUGACUUCAUGGACCCGCCCCCUCACGAGACCCUGGUGCUAGCCCUGGAGCAGCUGUACGCACUGGGUGCUCUCAACCACCUCGGAGAGCUCACCAAGUUGGGCCGCAGGAUGGCUGAGCUGCCGGUGGACCCCAUGCUGAGCAAGAUGAUCCUGGCCUCAGAACAGUAUAAGUGUUCUGAGGAGGUGUUGACCAUCGCGGCCAUGCUGUCUGUGAACAACUCCAUCUUCUACCGGCCCAAAGACAAGGUGGUUCACGCCGACAACGCCAGGCAGAACUUUGUGGUGCCCGGAGGAGACCAUAUGGUGCUGCUCAACGUCUACACACAGUGGCUGGAGAGUGGCUACUCCACCCAGUGGUGCUACGAGAACUUCAUCCAGUUCCGCUCCAUGAAGCGGGCGCGGGAUGUCAGGGAGCAGCUGGAGGGCCUGAUGGACAGGAUCGAGGUGGAGGUGUGCAGCUCAGGCGGAGACAUUGUGCCCAUCCGCAAGGCAGUGACGGCGGGGUAUUUCUACCACACGGCGCGGCUCAGCAAGGGGGGCUACAAGACGGUGAAGCACCAGCAGACGGUCUACGUCCACCCCAACAGCUCCCUGUUCGAGGAGCAGCCCCGCUGGCUCAUCUACCACGAGCUGGUCUUCACCACCAAGGAGUUCAUGAGACAGGUGAUUGAGAUAGACAGCGGCUGGCUGCUGGAGGUGGCUCCCCACUACUACAAGAACAAGGAGCUGGAGGACAGCAGCAGCAAGAAGAUGCCUCGCAAACAGGGCAAGGCCAAGGAAGAGCUGGGCUAAGGAUAGGGCAAGGCCAAGGAAGAGCUGGGCUAAGGACAGGGCAAGGCCAAGGAAGAGCUGGGCUAAGACAGGAACUAGAAAAGACAGAGACUUUCUGCCCUCAGAGAUAGACAGCCAGGCAGGGCUGCCAUAAGGAACUGAAAUCAAAACGUUAGGGGCCCUUGAGCAACAACAAACAAAAGGAACUGGAUAAAAACUCACAUGGUUGUGGGCUUAUUUAUCAUAAACCACCUAUCAGAGCUAGACUAGCUUGAUGAUAAGGAAAUGUUAUGCACUUGGACUGUCACUGAGUUUUCUGUGUCUGGUAUGAUGCAGGGUCCGGGGUGAAGUUUUCCCAUAAGUACAGAUCUAGGAUCAGCUUCCCCUCCCCAUGUCCUAACCAUUAGUGGGGGAAAUGCAAAACUGACCCAAUAUCAGCGUCUAGGGGUAACUACCUACUCCACGAUGCAGAAACAGCAGCAAGCGAGGCAAGACAGAUCAAAACAAAUGACUACUCCAAAUGACAGGGGCUACUGUUUUGUAUGUAAUGGCCCGUGACUACCAGAGAGUUUGCCUAUUUACUUUCCCUAAAUAGUUAACUGUUUUGCCCAAUGUCUGGGUGUUGUUGGGGUUGUAAAUGUCUUUUUUGUCCCAAUUACACCUAACAGACUGACAGCCAACAAUGCUGUGUGUGUUUGACUUCAGUGUGGUUCCACUAUCUCCUCCUCUUUUUUUCUAUUGGAAUAAACUUUUUACAGGCACUUGUCCUGUGACUAGCUUA